UCGGAUUUAAAUGUUGCAAAAAAGGGAACAAAUUUCGGAUUGGAUUGGAUUCUAAUUUGAAAAAACCGAAUUAAUUUGGUUUAGAUUGGGUUGGAUUGAAUCUUAAUUCGGUUUGGAUUCGAAUUGAGAUUUCCGAAACCAAAAUAAUUCGAAUUGGAUUCGAUUUUGGCUAUAAUCCAAACCGCAAACCGAACUUUCACCCCUACAUAUACCUGAAAGAAAAUCAUCGUUUUUGUAUACUCAAUCUGGUUGUUCAAAAAAAAAAAAAAAAAUAUCAAUCCCUUUAUUCAGUUCCAUGUCAAUGUCAUUCUUAGUGAACAAAAUCUGCUGUAAUUCAUUGUUCCCCUCACCCCACAAUAAGAAUAAUUGGGAUGUGUGCAAAAAAACUAGCAAUGUGAUAAUUCAGAGUCACUGGGUUAGAAAUUCAGCAAUACCCCAUCUCAAGCUUAAUAACAAUUUUUCUUGGAAUUAUCAUCACCAUUUUACACUCCAUUCAAUUAAUAACGGUGGUACUACGGCACAUGGCUUACCAGAUUCUCAAAAAAUUUCAGCAGAACCUGAAGGUACUAGCUCAAUGGAAGGAAACGAUGGUCGACAAGAAAGAUCACUGUCAGCCACCAAAAUAUUGGAGCAGUUGAAAAGAUAUGGAGCUUCUGGAGUACUGUCAUAUGGUCUACUGAACACUGCCUAUUACCUUACUACCUUUCUCUUGGUGUGGUUCUAUUUUGCUCCGGCACCUGGAAAAAUGGGUUAUCUUGCUGCUGUUUCAAGAUUUCUAAAAGUAAUGGCCAUGGUUUGGGCAGGAAGUCAAGUCACUAAGCUCUUAAGAGCAGCAGGUGCCCUUGCCCUUGCACCUCUUGUAGAUAGGGGAUUGUCAUGGUUUACUGUCAGAUACAAAUUUGAGUCACGGGGAAAGGCUUUCUUCACAGUUGUCGCAUUUUGUCUGAGUUUAGCUUUAAUCAUGUUUUUAGCCGUCACUCUGCUUUCAGCAUGACAUAUCUUCUUUCAUUGUUUCUGAAUCAAAGAGAGCUAUUCUAUCUUUUCUUUGUAAAUCAGACAUCUAUAUUUGACUAGUAUAGAAUUUUGCCAAUCGUAAUUGAGUUGAUAACCUCCCGGUGCCCGUCAAAAAAAAAAAAAAAAAAAAAAAAAGAAGAUAACCUCCCGGUGAUUUUGUUAUUUUCUUCCUUUUGUGGAGUAAAAUGACUCACUGUCUGAA